AUGAGCGGAGGAGACUACGAGAGCGGUGACUACUUUAUGCGCAGUCGGAAGUUUCGCGACAAGCCGCCGCUGUGGGAUUCCUUCCAGGACCCGCCGUCGAAGAAGACGAGCGGCUCCGAUGCCGACUGGAAGAAGCUGCAAUUCUUCCUCAAACUCUUCAAGCUCUUCGUAUACCUCCUGGUAUUUUCAGUGGUUCUUGCCACAAGCGUGUUUGCCAAGCUGCUUUAUCUCUAUAUGGCCGGAAACACCGGUGGCAGCGGGCCACGGGUGCAAGUGUGCAGCAAGUACCUUCUCCGCCACGGCCAGGUGGAGGCGUUGCCCAGCGAGCUGGAUCAAAUCGCGUGGGUCUGGGCCCUGAUCUUCGCCUUCGCCGCCCCCGAGCUGCUCACCUUCCUGCGCGCCCUCCGCAUUUGCAUGUUCAAGCGCGAGCAGCGACCCAGCGGACUGGAAGUGGGUCUGGUCACGCUCUUUGAACUGCUGCACGUCGUUGGCCUGGCAUUGCUCACCUUCACCGUGCUGCCGGCCCUGGAUGUGACGCGUGGUGCGAUUCUGGGCUGCUGCGUCUGCUUUGUGCCCGCCCUGCUCAAUUUGCUGACGGGAACGCGGGUGCGCUGGAGGUCGGCGGACAGCCUGGUCCUCGGGCUCUCCAUCCUUGCCCUGGUUGCGCAGGGCAGCGUCUUCCUGAUCUGGCCCGCGAUGAGCGACAGCCUGGAGGUCCAGUUGCUGGCCAUUCCGCUGCUCCUCGUUUCGUUCCGCUGGUGGGAAAACUUUGCCAACACACACGAGGCCAUCGCAUACAUCAUUCGCACCAUCCGCUGCACUCGUUCCCGCUACCACACGUACCUUUACCUGGCGCCCCUGAAGGUGCUGGUUUUCGGCGGGGUGGGCUUCCUCCUGCACGGCCAGGAAUUCUCGCAGUACUUCAGCCGGUUCCUGGAUGCCUGGCGGCCGCACCUCAUCACGCUGGUGCAGACCGGUGGUGACCCCGAUGCACUGCUUUCAGCACAGGCGAACUCAUCAAUCAGGAACCCCCCGCUCAGGACGCAAUUCACCAUGCAGUCCAGUCCGAAUGCAGUGGUCUACGCAAUGGCGGCCCAGGUGGUUGCUGCCUACCUGUGCCACAUUUUCGGCAAGUUCGCCUGCAAAAUCAAGAUCCAGGUGUUCAGCUUCGCGCUGCCCCUCAGCCUGGCCGGACCCGUGACCGUCUGCCUGGCCACCUUCCUGGCGCAGCUGCGGGCCUCGGAUCCUUGCUCCCUGCACGGCCUCCUGCCGGAGUACCUUUCGCUGCUGGCGCUGGGCGGGAAUGUGGAGGAACUGGGCCAGAAAUGCCUCGACUUGGCCCUGUGGCUGUGGCCUCUGUGGUGGCUGGCCCAGGUGUUCACCUGCCUGCACGUCUGGCAGCCGCACAACGACAAGAACGCCCCCACCGAGAAGCUGUUCGUGUGCCCCUGGUACUGCGGCCUCCUGGUGGACCAGUGCUCGAUGAUGAACCGGCGGAUCGUGGACUGGAGCGAGGAGUAUCUGGCCAUCAAGAGCGACCUCACCACGCCGAGGGAUCCUGUGGUGGCCCUGGCAGCCGACAUCAAUGCCAGUCGGGACAUCCUGGAGGAGGACAAGGUGCCGCAGCUGAUUGUGUGCGCCACCAUGUGGCACGAGACCGAGGACGAGAUGAUGGAGUUCCUCAAGUCAAUUGUCCGCUUGGAUGAGGAUCAAUGCGCCCGCCGCAUGGCGAGGACGCACCUUAAUGGCGGCAAGGCGGACGACGAGUACUAUGAAUUGGAAACGAACAUCUUUUUCGACGAUGCUUUCGUUUCGGACCCGCGUCAGUGCCAAAACAAGCGCAAUCCGCCCAUAAACGAGUAUGUGAAGACCCUAACUCGAACCAUCGAUAAGGCAGCCUUCGAGGUCUACGGCGUGAACAUUCGCAUCAAGCCGCCUCUGAAAAUCGAGACUCCCUACGGAGGCCGUUUGGUGUGGAUUCUGCCGGGACGCACCAAGAUGGUGGCCCACCUCAAGAACAAGGACAAGAUCCGGCACAAGAAGCGGUGGUCCCAGGUCAUGUACAUGUACUACCUGCUCGGCUUCCGGAUUAUGGAGACGGAGCAGCUGUCGCCCCGCCGGAAGGCGGUCAUCGCAGAGAACACCUUUAUCCUGGCCCUGGACGGGGACAUCGACUUCCAGCCGCGGGCCGUGCAGCUGCUGAUUGAUCGCAUGAAGGCCGUGGAUGAGCUGGGGGCGGCCUGUGGGCGGAUCCACCCGGUGGGCCGGGGUCCGAUGGUGUGGUACCAGCGAUUCGAGUACGCCAUCGGCCACUGGCUGCAAAAGGCCACCGAGCACGUCAUCGGCUGCGUCCUCUGCAGUCCCGGCUGCUUCAGCCUGUUCCGGGCCAGCGCCCUGAUGGAGAACAGCGUGAUGAAGCGCUACACCAUGGUCAGCUCGGAGGCCAUGAAGAUGGUGCAGUACGACCAGGGCGAGGACCGCUGGCUCUGCACGCUGCUCCUGAAGGCGGGCUCCCGGGUGGAGUACUGCGCCGCCUCGGACGCGUACACCCACGCGCCCGAGAGCUUCAACGAGUUCUACAACCAGCGACGCCGUUGGGUGCCCUCCACCAUAGCGAAUAUCUUCGAUAUCCUGGCCGACGCGGACACGGUGGUGAGGAAGAACAAUUCGAUAUCAACGCUGUACGUGUGGUACCAGGGCAUGCUGAUGAUCGGAACCGUGCUGGGACCGGGCACCAUAUUCCUCAUGAUGGUGGGCGCCUUGGUGGCCGUGUUCUCGAUCGACAUCUGGACCGCCUUCCUCUGGAACUUCUUCCCCAUUAUCUUCUUCAUCCUGUCGUGCGUCUACCUCAAGCAGAAGUUCCAGCUCCUGAUCGCCUUUGUCAUUAGCGCGCUCUACUGUCUGGUCAUGAUGGCAGUCCUAAUCGGCAUCAUUGUGCAGAUGCUGGAGGACGGACCCUUGGCCCCAGCAUCGCUCUUCUUCCUGCUCGUUGCGGUUCAGAUCACGAUUGCAGGCUUUAUGCAUCCUCAGGAGUUCUGGGCCCUGCUGUGCGGCGUCAUCUACUACAUCACCAUCCCCUCGAUGUACAUGCUGCUCAUGAUCUUCUCGGUUUUCAACAUGAACGACGUUUCGUGGGGCACUCGAGAGGCGCCAGUGCUCAAGGACGACGACAAGGACGCACCCAAUGAUGCGGACAACUACCUGCCAGGCUGGCUAAACGAUCCGCUGCUGAUCAACUCGGAGCUGGGCGAGGUGUCGCUGAUGGAGCAGCGAUUCUGGAAAGAUGUGAUCAAGCAGUACCUGAAACCCCUGGAACUGAGUCGCGAGCAAAAGCAGGCGAUGGCCGACGGACUCAAGGAGCUGAGGAACAUGAUCGCCUUCGCCUUCGUGAUGGUGAACGCGAUCUUCGUGCUAAUUGUGUUCCUGCUGCAGCUGAAGAAGGAGUUCCUGCACCUGAAGUGGCCCAUCGAUCCCGCCGACUUUGUGUCCUUCGACAGGGACAACCUGAUGGUCGGCAUUUACAGGCAGUACAAGGAACUGGAUCCCAUUGGCCUGUGCUUCGUGAUCUUCUUCGGCCUGAUCCUCAUCAUCCAGUUCCUGGCGAUGUUCUUCCACCGCUUCGCCACCCUGUGCCAGCUGCUGGCCACCACCCGGGUGGACUGGUUCCGGUCCGGCGGCCAGUUCACGGACGAGGAUGCCGCCACCGAGCUGAAGGGCAGUGCUGUGAACAUAGCCCGGAAGCUGCAGCGCCCCAAGAGGCUCUUCGACGACGACGAGGAGGGUGACCCCCACUACGACGAGGUGAUGCUGGAUGCCCCCGAGGGGGAGCACAGGGAGAGCAUGGUGCGCCGGCAGACGAUCUUCCGGCUGCACGAGACCCGGAACAAGCAGCACAGCGACUACAGCAACUUGGUGUUCAACUUCGAGCGCCGCUUCUUCGGCGACGACGAGCUGAACCUCAAGAAUCUGGCCCUCAACCGCAAGUCCGUGAAGCUGCUGCAGCAACGUCGCUCGGUGGCCAAGGUCAAUGCAGCCGCCACUCCAGGGGGCACGCCCACUCCGAAGGCGGGCAAGCGACCGCCCCUGGUGCCGAUGCCCAAGAAGGUUAGCUUCUCGGCUUCCAAUCGGAACAGCAUGGCGAUCUACGACAACGGCGGCUACGAGAACACCGAGUUCUAGAAAGGACCGCGUGGAUCCCCCCAGUAUUAUCCAGAGAAUCUUAUAACGUACUACUAUCCAUAUCUAAGGGCGUGUUUUUGAUAUCUCUGGAC